AAAAGGUAGAACACGUGGUGUCUACGCGAUUCUUUUGUAUCAUUCAAGAAGAAAGUAUUUACAGAUAAUAAUAAUAUAUAAUAUUUUCUAUAAAACUUCUCUGAAAAAUAACUUAGCUGGUUGUCACUGAAGAAACUGGUAUCGAAACUCAGUAUCGCAGCUAGCAGAUUAGUUAGACGCCAGUGAUGUCGAAGCAAUUAAUAGCGUCAGACGAAAUAUGUAAUUUCCAUAUAAAACUGGAAAAGCAAGCAAAAAGAUGUAGAAAAUAUGGUAUUUGUAAUAAUCAAGAUGCUUCAGGCCACUCGACAAACAUAAACGAAUCACGAUAUGAUAAUCUAUUUACAAUUAAGAAAUCUAUACCCGUUCAGCCCUCGUACUCGUACAAUCUGGAUUUUUCUAUAUUUCCUUUGCUUUGUUAUCAAAUUUACCAUACAUUAACAGAAAAAUCAUACAAAAAUGUUUGGGAAAUUAUGCCAUUCUGUUCGUUUAUGCAUGCUAUGACCACUUGUCUCAAUGCUUGGUUAUUUAAUACAGUAACUUCCAUCAAUCACGAAAAUCGCUAUAAUGACGAAGAAGAUGCUAUGUUAUUAAUUCAGGAUAAUAUGUUAGUACCGCAACCCAUAGCGGAAUAUUUCUCGAUGAUUAAUACAAUGACUACGCCAUCGGGUGAAACUAUCUACGUCAAUCUUCCGGAUUGUUGCUUGCCACAAUUAUCUAUUCCGGCUAUUGGUGACAUUCCAAGGAUGUCGCCGGGAAGCUUUGGAAGCAUAACUCCCGAUUCCCAUAAUGCCUACGAAUGUUACGUAUCUCCAUAUAUAACACGUCGGUUGGUUGAGGCAUCCUGUGAUGGGAAUAUAAGAUACGAGCCACUACCUACGGGGCAUUAUCCACAAAAUGCCAUUCCAAAUAUGAAUUUGCUUGGAUAUUUCCACUUUGAAGGACUUACAGACGACGAACGACUAAAAGUGAAUAAUUAUCAUUUCCCCGAGGAAGAUGACAUGACUGGCCGAUUACAACUUGUACCAAGAUUGAUGGAUGAUGUUAAUAAUACAUUGCAGUCAUUUCAUUCUUACUAUAAGAUGGUACCUUAUCACAAUAUUCAGCGAAAAUCCGUGCAAUACAAUUUGAUUUACAAUCGGUACAACGAGGAUCCAAAUAUUGAAACUAUAAUCUCAGAUGUUAUGGAUAUGUUAUGUAGUCCUUAUUCUUUUGACGAAACAGCUGCAACGAAAGCCGCAAUGUUCGCUUUCCGACGGGAAAGGACCGACCAAGCUCGUGGAAUAUGUUAUACCGCAGAUGGUGAUAUAGAACCGAAUGGUUGGGCUGCCACGAUCAAUGAUAACUUUACAAUGACAGGAAUGUUUGCGCCACUAAUUGGUAUUGAUUAUCCUCAACUACGGCACGCUAUUCAUACGGCGGAAAUGUUGACCAGCAGGUUGGAUAUAAUAGAUAGUUUGUUUCAGGCUAGCACACAAUUCAUGUAGCUAACAUAUCCAUAGUUCAGCCCAAUAUCAUUCUCCAGCGAAACCAUAUCUGCGUAAUUGUUAUUUAUUGUGUUGGUGAAUAUUACUAAUUCUUUUUAAGAGAAAAAAACAUCAUAAAAAGACGUUCUUUAAAGUAACUGAAACUAUUUUAGAAAGUUUCCGUUCUGUGAAUUUUUAUUUGAUUUCGUUGCAUCGUAUAUAAUGAGUUAUGAAUAAAGUGUAUAUUUUAUAAAAGAAAGAACAUUUUAUUGUCCG